AUGUUACAGAAUUACUGGGAAAAUGGAAUGCGUUUUUGGACUUUUGGAUUAAAUACAGUUGUAACAGAUAACUACGUUCGACUGACGGAAAGUGCACCGAAUGCUAAGGGAUACCUAUGGAAUCGACAUUCAAAUCAUAUGGAGGCUUUUGAAUUGAAUGUUACUUUGCAAAUGCGAAAACGAAGUUCUCCCAUGUUCUCUGGAACGAAAGAAGGUGGUAUGGGUAUUUGGUAUACCACGGCAGAAAAUUUUUCUAGUAGUGCUGAUACUCGAUUAUUUGGGUUUGCCCGACGUUUUUUUGGUAUUGGUGUGUUGUUGUCCCACUCUGACGAAAUUUCUCUCCUCGCUAGUAAUGGGGAUAUUGAUUUUGACGUUGAAUCGAUACAGCAACAGCGUCACGGGUAUUGUCGUGUUCCGGCAUUGGGUGAACUUCACCUUACGAUUACCAUUCGUUAUAAUAGCAAUAGUAUGGAUGUGCUGUACGUUUAUCAUCCAAAUGACGAACCACAACCGUCAGAUUAUGUUCGUGCGAUUUUCUGCGCUUCCACACCUGCACCUCCACUCAAUGGCAGUUAUACAUUUGGAGUUACAGCCGCUAAUUCGGCAACGGCUCAAGCCACCCAUGAGAUCCAUAGUGUUAUUAUGACACCACUCUCUGAUAAAGAGCAUCACGCCGAUGAGGAAAAGAAAGCGGGCCAGGUUCAUCUCUUUACUAUGGAUGAAAAAGAAGCAAAUCAAGAACUUUUGGGAAAUAUGGCCUCAAAGGAAGGAGUUAGGUCAUGA